AUGAUCGAAAUGGAGAAAGAAAAACAAUAUGCUUUCGUAAAACUAUUUGCUAAUAGCGAAGAUCCAAUUGAAAAGGAAAAAAUUAACGAGAUUCAGGAGCUAUACAACGAAUAUAUGAAGAAAGUUGAAUUACUUACAGACAAAGUUAAUAAGUUAGAUAAACAAGAAAAAGUAGAGGAAUUCGCUAAGGAACAUUUACCACAAUCAUUGCAAAGAAAAAACGAGAUAUUCCGCUUCACAUAUGAUUUCAUAGCUCUUAAACUCGCUUUAGCGGUUGAUAGAAUACGGAUAAGUCUUGAAGAAAUUAUAAAUAGACUACGAAAUAACCUAACAGACAUUGAAAAUGUCGUUGAAGGCAGCGUUUCAGAGCUCUUAAUGCAGCUUUAUGAAAAAAAUAAAGAAAAUCUUAUCUUGUCACGACAGGACGUUCGUUCAUCUAAAGACCUCGCCGAAGUAAAACGCGGAAUGGACAUCAUAAUAGAUAAAAUAGAAAAUUCUAAACACAUUCCGGAGAAUCGGCUUAGUGAAGAAUGUGAGCAUUGGGAAAAACUUUUUCAAGAAUUCAAACAAAUUGAAAAAACUUUGCAAGAAAUACAAAAAGAAGAAAAUCAUGUUAAGGAACAAAUAAUGGCGUCUGAUGAUUCAGAGGAUAAAAACGACAAAACGUGCGGAGAGUGUUGGACCCUGGAGGAAAAAUUGGCGUACCUUAAAAAAGCGAAGCUGAAAGCAGCUAAAGCUUUGUUUACAUUCUUUAGUGUUAGAGGUGAAAACUACAUUUACUAUACUGAUCAAAUCGGAACCUACUACGUUGACGAGUACGGGCACCAAGUAUACGUGUUCAACUACGGACUGAACGUGUACCACGUAGACUGUGACGGAAACUUCAUAGAUCAUCCAGAUAAAAAUAAGUAUUAUUACGACGAAAACGGUCGUUAUAUCAUCGAAAACGGUGAGAAGCUGUACCAGUUGGCGCCCUGUACCAGCAAGUACGUGCUAGAAAACGAUGUGUUCGUGAAACGUAGUAAAGACUGCGGACAUUCAGAGAUGAACGUGGAAUGCCGCAUGCAGAUUAAGGAUCAGACAGAUGUCACUAUACUACCUGACGUUACGCCCGUCGAUAUUAAAGGCACUCUGGAUUCAGAAGUCAUUAAAUACAUCUGGGACACAUUCGGCCACAUCUUACCUGAAGUGAUGGAAGGAGUCGCAGAAAUGAAACCGAAGAACCCCAUCCAUUGCCUUGCACAUAAAUUGGUGCAGUAUAAGUGUAAGAAAACUAGUGAAAAGGAUAAGAAAGACGCCAUUCUAUAUCACCAGAAGAUAUAUGAAGACAGGCGCGAGAAAGUGAACGCCUUGUAUAAGUUGUGGCGCGACAAACAAAUCCAAGUUAAGCCUGAGUGGGACAACGAUGACGCUUUGAGAGCACAUCGCGAGGCGGAGGAACUAGUGAGGGGACUCAACUAUUACAACUAG